AUGGACUUUGUGUUUGGACUAACGAAGGAUUUGGAGGGCAUCGCUGGUAUUGUGGUCUUAGUCGACCGUUUGAGAAAGAAGGCUUAUGUAGCAGCUGUACCUGAUUUCAUCGAUGGCGAAGGUACAGCAAAGCUGUUGAUUGAUCGGUUUUGCCGUCAACAUGGUUUUACCGUGGCAAUUGGCUCUGACCGUGAUAUCUAUUUCACUCGAAAGUUUUGGACUUCCAUCUUCAAGGUGCUGAUCACCAGGUUGAACAUGUCUACAGCGGACCAUCCGCAGACCGAUGGUCAAACUGAGCGUGUAAAUCGUGUCAUUGGUGACAUUUUGCGCAGUGUUUAA